CAACCAACAUAUUAUGGCUUCCUCACAGAAGUAUGUUCUUGGUGUUUUAGUUUUGGCCAUAAUCCAAUUGAAAGCCAUUGCAAGCUCCCAUGAGCACCUCCAAGACCUGAAAUUCCUUAACUUUACACUGUUUCAACAUGAUUUGACCUUAGGUAUAGAAGGAGGACCAGAUGUGUUUGCCUAUCUGGGUCGUUUGACAGUUGAAGCCAACAAAUCCUCCGAACAGGUUGGGUUCGCAGAAGGAACUAGAGUGUUAUCUAGUCCUACCGGCCGAAGCAUUUCAGUUGCAAUACUAACUCUUAGUUUGAAGGACCACAAGGGCUCCCUUUCUGUUGUUGGUAUCGUAGAUAUCGUCGAUUCCACCAAUCUUCCUGUCGUAGGAGGCACUAAAGAUUUCUUGUUUGUGCAAGGCUAUGUUACGUCUUCUCCUCUUAAUCCUUACGAUCCCAACGUUGUCUACGAAAUUCAAUUUCAUCUUUACUGGCCUCCGUAUGCAACUCCAUCCUCAUGAGGUACAUUGCAUGGGUAGAAUGCUACAAUCUGUUAUGUGUUCCUAAGAUGCUGCUUCAACUCUUUGAUAUUCAAUUUUUUUUUUUUGUUUUCUUUUUAAGUUAAAGUUUAAAAUAAAAGCUGGAGUGAAAGAUGUUUGUUAGUUUUUCUUUAGCUGAAAAGCUCCUCUUAAGCUAAAAAUGAUUAUAUAUAAUUGUUUCUUUCAGUGUCCAAUGAAAGGUAAAAUUAAGAAAAUUAAAGAUGACAAAAUUGUGAUGAAUAUCUGCAUUACAGUGUGAUGGCCACUAAACAAGAAUGAGACUGAAGGAGUGCUACUCAACAAAAUUGUGUGUGUUUCUUAGACCAUCCGAAACAUUUGACGCCUGUCGUUGACCUAUAACAUAAUCCUCUGUAUUUUGGCUUCGCCUGGCAAAAGCAAAUUUUAUGCCACAGGACGUAUUUUCUACAUACAUAAUUGGAAUAGGCCCAAAGCCUAGUUUCUGAUUUUGUUCUUAGAGCUGAUGAGUUCCAUCUAUAAGGCUGCAACUUAACUAGCACCAUGUCUUUUCCUUGAAUUUAAUCUAUAACCUUUUUUGGUCUGCACUUCUGUUCGUGUUCUGCUGAACUUCAAACAGAUUUGCCUUCAAUCGAGUCAAGUCCCUUGAUUGCGGCAGCAUCUCUUGUAAAUAUGUAAGAUUAUUACUACCCAAGACAUACCUAUCAAUUCUACAGGGUCACUUCUGUAUACCAUCUUAAAAGCUGUCAUGUCUAUGUUAAGGUGAUAUGAGUCCUUCACAAGAACUUGAUCCAACUCCUCGGAUUUGCAUAACUUAAACCACACAAGUACAUUUCUAAACAACAAUUGACAGUCUCAGAUUCAUCAUCAGUUGAUACUCCUUCACCCGAGACUAUAUGGUCAAGAUAUUCAAUUUGAGAAAGACCAAAAGAGCAUUUUCAGAAUUUUGCAAAUAGUUGGUGCAACCUUAGAAGUUGGAACACGACUUCCAAGUGGUGCAAAUGUUCAUUCCACGAAGAACUAUAUAUUAUAAUCUCAUCAACGAAGACAGGAUCAUAUUUUCUCAAUAAACCAGUAAAAAUCUCAUAAUCUCAUUCAUGAGGGAUCGAAUGUAAUUAGAGAAUUAGUCAAACCAAAUGCUAUGAUUAUCCACUCAUAAGGGCCAUUAAAAUUAGUCUUGUAACAAUCCUCUUUGUUUAACAAAAGUUUGGUGCUAUUCAGACUUAAUCUAAUUUGAAAUUUUUUUUGGAAUCAUAUAAUUCGUUAAUCAAUUCAUCUAGCGUGGACAUAGGAAAACUAUCCUUAAUAAUAAUAACAGUCAAGGUUCUAUAAUCUACACAAAAUCUCCAUGCUUCAUCUUUCUUUUUCACAAGGACAAGACAACUAACUGGAGAUGAAAAAGGACUAUUUCCUAGAGGUAACGAGACCUUCCUGCAACAUAUACCAUUUUCUCAUUUUGUUCUUUUUGGCAUUAGGAAGCAAGGGAAUAUGAUGAUCAUGUGACCUAUUAUGAGGUAAGCCUUGAGGAAUAGCAAACACAUCCUUAUAGGUAUGUAACAAGAUAGCCAAAUCUGGUUUUAAAUCCUCUGGAAUUGCAUCCAGUAAUCAUCAAAGCAAAAAGGCACCAUGUAGAGUA